CCAGCAUCUCCAUCCAAAAGGCAGCAGCUAAAAAUCCUCUUUUCACUCUCUCAUUCACCAUGGCACCGAGCAAUCCACAGCUCAGUGUGACUCUUGCCCCCGCUGCAAUUUUCACCAAUCGGGGUUUCCGAAAUGCUGAGGCUUACUCCAAGUAUCUUCGGAGCUACCGUGAUCGUAGUCUCCACCCCUCGUUCCUCAUUCCCCCGACUACCUUCAAUCGAUAUAGAUUGCGGGUCAAUGGGUACUUAAAUGACCUCGGGUGGAGCUCGCUGCUCAAAAAUCAGCUCCUUGAUCAAUGCCCCGAAGCCGUGAGGAUGUUCUACGCAAGAAUGCAGUGUGGACCUGGCCGCAAUCCGUCGUACUUCACCACCACGGUCUACAAUUUCAGUGUGACUGUCACCGCUGAUAUGCUGGCCAAUCUCCUGCAUCUCCCUCACGGUGGAUAUUCAGCAGGCACAACUGAAGAAUUCGACAGCUAUGGGUUCCACCCUAUCGACACCAUGUCAUAUCUCGCCCGAGAUUCUGGGACGUAUCAGUCCUCCAUGUUCUCCGUCGAAAGGCUACCUGAUGACCUGAAGGCUCUUCAGUUCUACAUCACGCACAUGUUCCUUCCACGAGAUGCUGCAACAACCACGACCCUUGAAGAAUUUGAUCUCUGGAUUCUGUUUAACGCAAGAACAGGCUGCCCAAUCAGCUAUGCCUCUCUCAUGUUUAAUCACAUGAUUAAAUAUCGAGAAGAGGAUUGUGGAGGGAAGCUGCCUUUUGGUCCGCAAAUCACCACGUUGCUGGCGCUUGUAGGGGUCGAUAUGCGUGAGAAACUGACUAAUCGUGAUGUUCACUCCGACCUGCAAGCGCAACAUGUCCUGCGACGUACCCUCUCGGGGCUUGGACCCCGUAAACUUGCCAAAGUUCAAGAGGGAGACAAAGCUGCAGACUGUGAAUCCGAGUCCGAAUCAGAUUCAGCAGAAGACGACAAUGAUGAGGGAAUCUGGUUAAAGGACAUGGCAGCAGUAUACCCUGCUGAUGGGAUCUCCAGGCUUGACAAGGGAAAGGGAAUUGCUGAAUCUUCGGGAAAGCGCAAGAAGACGCUGACCUUGGAGCAUAUUUAGGAGGGGGUAAGGCUGGAAAAUGAAGGAAAAAGCCUCCUCCGUGAUUUUGCCUUGUCACUAAAGGGAAAAGAGGCCAGCUCCUCAAGGAAGAAAGUAAACAGGGUUUUAUUCAUACCUUCGGGGGAUGAGGAAGUCGAUCCAUCUGAGUAUGCCUCGUCUCCGGAGUACACCUACUAGGAUUGGUUUAGAUACUUGGUUUAGGGGGAGAUCCAUGGAUGAAUUAAUGGUAGUUGAAUGGUAUGGGUCGGUUAUUUAAAAUAGAAGUCGGCUGUCUGUUUUUUUUUUUUAGUCAUAGUCUGUUAUGUCAUUUGAGUCUUGUUUGGUUGAUUUGAGAAUAAGUCUUGAAGAGUAUU